AUGGUCGCUCUUGACAUUACGAAUAGGCGGGAUUUUGGGCCUUAUGUGUUUACCAAGAGAGAAAAGGAGAACCAAAAGCAGCAGGAAGCAGAGAGACUAACAAGCAGCAGGAAACAAGAGAGAAAACCAAACACAGAGAAACAAGAGAACCAACAAGCAGCAGAAAACUACAAGCUGACAGAAGAACGAGAAGCCAACAAGCAGAGCAGGAGACAACCAACAACAGAGCAAGCAGGCAAACAGGAAACAGCAGAGAACAAACAACAACAGCAGGAACAAGAGAACCAACAGCAGCUGAAACAGGAGAACCAACGGCAGCAGGAAACCAGAAACAAGAACAACAACAGCAGGAACAAGAGGAACCAACAGCAGCAGAAACAAGAGGAACCAACAGCAACAGCAGGUACAGCAGGUCACAAUAAAAUCAUAAAACGGACGCGCUGUAAAACCGGCCGCCUGCAUAUCUUAGCCGAGAGCACCGAUCGUGGGACGUAG